ACUGCUUUUCACAGACAACAGCCACUUUAUCAGCACUUUGACAGAGAUCAGUGUGACGGUAUGGGACAGGACCUGUUUGGAAACACUGUGCCAGCUCAGGCUGCCUGUGGGGUUGUAAUGACAGAUAUGAGCCGGGAUGAGUCUGUGUUCAUUCUCAUCAAACACUGCAGGGACAUGAAGCAACAGGAGACGCGGUUCAGGCUCAUUACUCUGCUCCUGCUGCUCAGCUGCACAGCACUCUACAUCUUUACCAUCUGGGCUGAUUUAAGGAAACAUCCCAACUCAGGAUCCAGUGCACAAGGGAGCACAGAUGGGCCAAGUCCAGCCUAUUCCAAACAAGACAGAGACUGCCCUGCAGAUCAUCCUGAAAGAAAACCGCGCAUUCAUCUCAGGCCUCUGCCUCCAUGUAACAAGACUUGGUCUGCAUGCAACAUAACCGAUGGACUCUACAUCAGAUGGGAUGCCGAGAUUGGUAAAAAACACCUCAAAGAUGAGCGUGCCAUUGUGAUUCCUAAGGAAGGCACCUAUUUUGUCUACGUGAGGAUUGCAUUAGGCUGCCAUGACAACGAUGGGACAGCAAACUUCAAGAUGUUCUACGCAGGGCUGAGCAGGUGGAACGAAGCGUACAAUGAGACUAUAUCCCUGAUGUACGCUCGCGAUGGUAUCUCAUGCACUUCGCAAAAGUUCAGGAGCGUGUUUAUGGGACAGCUUUUUAAUUUGUUCAAAGGAGAUCAUUUAAGGGUGCGGAUUGAUGAGGGCUACAAAUUGAUCACUACAUCAUCCUUUGGUGCAUAUCUCACAUAGAGAAUAUGCCUUGAUGACAAUAUGUCAUUUUUAUGUGUGUCUUAAUAAUGUUCCUUUAAAAUAUAUUUUUUUUUAUUAUUGAAGAGUUUAUUUGGGGCUUUUUAUCAUCACUCAUUUCUACGCUUAGUUGUUAGCACUUCCUGUUGGGGCUUCAACUUACUGAGUAUUCAGGUUUGGAAAAGAUAUACAGUUUAUACAAGACUGGUGACAAAGGUCCAGUGAGUAAGAUUAUGGGGGGAAACAUUGGCAGAAAUUGAUUGUGUAUAAUCACCUAAAAAUAAGAUUUGUUUUGUUUUUGUUAUCUUAGGAUGAGCUGUUUUUAUCUACAUGGGGAGCAGGUCCUCUCUCAUUGUGUCCACUAAGUUGCACUGCCAUGUUUUUAUGGUAGCCCAACAAACCCCAGGCUUUUGUUUGUUUUGUUUUUUUCUACGCCUUACCAUGUGCCUCUAUCCCAUAUGCCCAACCAUCUGUGCAAGCAUGUGUGUUUGUUGACGUCCAGUUGUUGGUUGCCAUGUGUUUGUGUAGUCUAAACAAAACCAUGUGCAGCGUAAUCCCACCACAAGCAUUUGCUGACAACGUGUUUGCGGCAUCCCGGAACAUAAACUGCUGACGCACAAGGAUACCUACAGCGUAAUAUACAGAGAAGUCCACUACAAAGCAGCAGAAUGUCAUGACUUGGGAUGACAACAUGUGACAUCCAGUUUCAGUUCAGCUGGUUGCAAUCUGUUACCUCAGCUGCCAGAUGCCAAUAAAUCUCUAAACACGA